AUGGGUAAGGUGCUUAAAUGUUGCAAGAACAAUGGGUCCCACACUUGCGACUCUGCACAAAGAGUCCUGGUAACACAAAUGAUGAGCACGAAGAGCUCAGGCAAUGCUUCUUCCUAUGUUAAGAAGACGUUCUUGAAGAAGAGGUUGGUUGUUUUUGUUGUCCCCAAGGAACUUGAAGCAAGCACUCUUGUUCCUCCAGCACGAGGGAAGGUUUCUCUGUCAUUACCAUCCUAUAUACGGGAUACUUCCGAUCUUCUCCUAAAACUGAAUGGUAUUUGCUUGGAUGACUCAAUGAUCUUUGCAUCUAUAGAUGUCGAGGCGCUUUAUAGCUCCAUCAGACAUGAUUUGGGCCUGAAUGCAGUGGAGUACUAUUUGUCUAUGCGUGAUAAUAGAUUGAUAGCACAUAAUAAAUUAGUGUUGGAUCUAUUGAACUUCAGCCUUACAAGGAACUACUUUGUCUUUGAUGAUCGCCACUACCACCAGCUCAGGGGUACCGCGAUGGGCAGUUCUUGUGCGCCCUCGUACGCAAAUCUACUCCUGGGCUGGUGGGAGACCAACUAUAUAGGGUCUGAAGCAUUGGCAGAGUGGCAAGACAAGGUAGUUCUUUGGCUGAGGUUCAUAGAUGACGUGUUUGUCCUAUGGAGAGGCACUGAGGAAUCUUUUGCGGAAUUUGUCAUGAUCAUCAAUGACAAUGAUCUAGGCCUCAACUUUACAUCAACAUGCGACAAAAACGCACUACCAUUCCUUGAUGUAUUGAUUGAAAGAGGCAUGAAUCAGAGUAUUGUCACCUCAGUGUACUGCAAGAGUACAGCUGGUAACAGCCUUCUCCGUUGGGACAGCGCCCACCCAUUCCCCCUACGUAAAGGAAUUCCCAAGGGCCAGUAUUUUAGAAUUCGGAGGAAUUGUUCAACAAUGAAAAAAUUCAAAAAACAGGCAGCAGAUUUGAGAGUCAGAUUCAGGGAGAGGGGCUAUCCCGAUGAAAUUCUACGCACGGCCUAUGAAACUGCGUGCAGUGAGAAGCGGGACAUAAAAAAUGUCCUAUCUAGACACUGGGAUAUCUUAAAAGCGGACCCAGAUCUAGAUAAGGUCUUAGGAUCAUACCCACAAAUCACUUUUAGAAAGGGGCGCAGUUUGAGAGACAGACUGGUUAAUAGCCAUUUUCAACCGCCAGAAAGAACAGGCAAUUGGCUCUCUAGAAAGCCCAUGGGUACAUUUAAAUGUGGCAGCUGCACAGCAUGUGGUCAAAUUAAAAAAGCGAUAUCAUUCACAUGCUCCUCUAACAACAAAGAAUAUUAUAUCAAAGAUUUCAUAAAUUGCCUCACCACUGGGGUAGUGGAUCUGGCCCAAUGUACUUGCCCACUAGAUUAUGUGGGAAAGACAAAACGUGAGUUUAGGAGACGAAUAAGGGAUCAUGUGAAUGAUAUACUAAAUGAAAAAGACACAUCAGUAGCACGCCACGUUUUACAGUAUCAUGGAGGCAACACCAACUGCCUGAAAUUCAUGGGUUUACAACAUGUCCCUAAACCCAAGAGAGGUGGUGACUGGGACAAGAUGAUCCUACAGGCCGAAACAAAAUGGACAUACAAAUUAAAUUCUGUGACACCAUAA